AUGGCGUCUUUUGAGGCUGCACUGACUGGUGCGGUUGCUUCAUCUUUAGCCAAUAUCGCUGUAUACCCAUUGGAUUUAUCGAAGACACUGUUGCAGACACAAGUGGAUCAAAAGGGCUAUGAAGAGCAAAAAUCCGAAGAAUCUACUCGAGAUAGAAAGUACAAUAGCGCGUUGGAUUGUAUCUAUCGCAUUUUCAAAGCGAGGGGGUUCAAGGGUUUGUACCAAGGUAUGACGACAUCAGUGCUGGCUAGUUUUAUUCAAAGCUUCUGCUAUUUUUUUUGGUAUACUCUCAUCCGAAAAUACUACUCUUCAAUAAAGAACAAGGGUGCUCGGGGAAGAUAUGCUGGGUUCAGUACCUUCGAAGAAUUGCUUUUGGGUGUGGUCGCAGCUGCGACAUCCCAGUUGCUCACGAAUCCCGUUUCGGUUAUAUCUACAAGACAGCAGACAAUGAGCUCGAAGUCUUCCGAGGAUGCUAAAGUAGGGCAUAUUGUGAAACAAAUUGUAAAAGAGCAGAACGGCAGUAUCACGGGACUUUGGAAGGGACUUAAAGUGUCAUUGGUAUUAACUAUUAACCCAUCCAUAACAUAUGCGUCCUAUCAGAAGUUGAAGAGUGCUUUCUUUUCAGCUGACGAUUCUUCCCGAGGUAACACGCAAUUGAGUGCUGGACAAAACUUCAUGCUUGGAGUACUGUCAAAAAUGAUAUCAACCAUUAUCACGCAGCCCUUGAUUGUAUCAAAAGCAUCUUUGCAGAGAAGGGGGAGUAAAUUUACCAGUUUCCAACAAGUGCUGGUUUUCUUGUAUCAAACUGAAGGCGUUUUAGGUUUGUGGAAAGGUAUCAGACCACAGCUUGCAAAGGGUGUUUUGGUGCAAGGUCUCCUGUUUAUGUUUAAGGGGGAACUUAGCAAAUUCAUUCAUAAGCUUUUGCUAGUCUAUGUCAGAAAAUUUGCAAAGCCUACUAUUAGAAAUGGCAAGCAGUUUUUGUGA